UUCACAUGGGAAUAACCACUUGUGCAAAACUUUGGAACCUAUAAAAGCCAUAGGGUGGGCUCACCAAGGCAGUUUCAAGUUGUAUUCGGAUUCCCAACAUGAAAUUCUCCACUGUGUACUCAUUUCUGGUCCUUGCUGCCUGUGGGCAUGCCAAAAUCUUGACUGACCUCCAAGCUGAAUCUCUGGAUAGAGGAGGUAGAUACUAUGGUGGUGGCCGCGGUACUUUCUACAAAGGCUAUUAUAAAGGAGGCCAUUCAGGUGGAGGAGGUGGUGGGUACUCCAGUGGAUCUGGCUUCUCUGGGGCAAGGGGAGGCUACUCUGGGGGUGGAGGAGGCUACUCACCUGGGGGAGGCGGCGCCUAUUCUGGUGGAGGAGGCUACUCAACUGGGGGAGGCGGCGCCUAUUCUGGUGGAGGAGGCUACUCAACUGGUGGAGGGGGCGGCUACCAUGGUGGACAAGGUGGCUUCUCUGGUGGACGAGGAAGCUACUCUGGGGGAUCUGGUUAUUCUGGAGGAGGAGGAGGCCACGGUAGUGGCUUCAGUUCUGGUUUCUCUAGUGGUGGAGGUGGUCGAGGCGGUUACUCAAGCCAUGCUUAUUCAAGUGGUGGGAAUUAUGGUGGACGAGGGGGUGGAUCCUACCAUAGCAGCUCCAAGGGUGGAUAUUAUUAACCAGCAGGCCAUUGUUUUGGGCAACUGACAAGAAAGGAGAAAUAUAUUUGAGCUUGGUAUUUCA